GGCGAUAGCAACACAGCCCGCACAAGCGCUGCUGCUCCUGCUUCUUUUCGCAAGCGCAGCUGCGUGAUCCACUGCGAUCCAGGGACAAGGAACCUGAGCGCACAAGCCCUCGCGCCUUAAGGAAAGCCGCAGCGAGAUAGCGGUCUCAGUACUUACUAGUUCUUUGCUCUGGCCCGACAGAGACUGCAGCACUCGACCCACGGGACGGCCUACCUUGCCUCCUACGCAACCUUGACCCGCAUCAGCCCGCCCCGCAGCUCUUAACUCCUGAAGAUACCCGUCUCGCGAUAUAAGUGCGUUUCAGCUCACAAGCAAAGCAACACAGCGAGCAGCAGGACCCUAAACAAUCUUUGAGCGCGCAGUUUGACCGCGUCCGCAAAAGGAACCGCAACGCCGCGGGCGCCAGGGCCGGAAGCGCCGCGCUGCCCCGUGGCACCUGUUGCGGAAAUGGAGCGCGAACGACGCCAGCAGCAGCAUCAGGAGGAGGCGCAGGAGAGGGAGCACAUGCACGGCGGUGGCAGUAGCAGCAGCGGCGGUGGCAGUAGCUGCUGCGCGGGCGCUGCUGGGCCAGAGGAGGGCCGCCGGCGCAAACUCCGCACCAGCCGCGGCGGCGGAAGCAGCAGCAGUAGCAGUGUCAGCAGCGGCGGUGGCGGCGGUAGUAGCGGCGGCAGUAUUAGCGGCCGGGCAGCUCCAGGCGGUGGCGCCAAGUCGUGUGGUCCGGAGGCUGCUUGCGGCCAGGAGGAGGAGGCGGCGUGUUGCUGGCUGUGCCUGGGCGGCGCGGAGGAUGAGGGCGCGGGGCCGCUGGUGGCGCCGUGCAGGUGCCCCCGCGUGUGCCACCCCGCCUGCCUGAGCCGCUGGCAGCUGCAUUGCGCCGGCCGCAAGGAGGAGAAGGCGUGCCGCUUCUGUGGCGAGCAGCUUCCCGACUGGAGGCAGGUGGCGCCCGCCGGGUUCACCAUGCCCCUCAUCCCACCGCCGGCCCCCGCCUCCGCGGCGUGCGGCGGCGCCGCCAGCGGCGCGGGCGGCGCCAGCAGCAGCAGCAACAGCAGUAGCAGCAGCGGUAGUAACAGCAGCAGCGGCAGCGGUGGCGGUGGCGCCAACACUGCGGCGGCGGCGCCUGGCGGGUCGGGGCGGCAGGCGGCUCCUACGGCUGUGGAGGCUCCGCCCGCCUACAUGCGCAUCAGCUACAACGGCCGCAGCCACAAGAUCCGCGUGAUGCCGGGUCCCGACGGCACGCGGCAGUUCAUCGAGGACUGCCGGCUGCUGCUGCGCAUCCCCGAGCACCUGGACUUCGACGUGGUGUUCCACUGCAAGGAGCCCGCCACGCAGUCCGACCUGCGCUUCCGCGGCCUGGACGCCUUUGACGCCGCCGUGUACUGCGCCGCCCUUGCCAACCACCAGGCCGCACUGCAGCAGCAACACCAACAACACCAACAACAGGCCCAACAGCAGCAACAGGCACAACAACAGACACAGCAGGAGCACCAGACACAGCAGGAACAGGAACACGCUGCGCCUGCUGCCGCGGCGAUGACAGCCGCCUCAGCCGCGGCGGCUGCGCCCGCCGCCGCCGCUGCCGUGGCCUUGAGUGAGCCGCCGUGUGAGGCCGCUGCGCCGCCCGCCUCACCACGGCCUCUGGUGCGCGCGACCAGCGAGGCGGCGCGGCUAAUGCAGCAGCUGCAGCAGGAGCAGGAGCACACUGACGAGGGGGAGGAGGAGGAGGAGGGGCUGGAGGGAGAAGGCGAGGGGGAGGACGGGCUGGGGCCGUUGGCAAGCGACCUGCACGCCAUACAGCUGUCGAGCCUCGGCGCGGACAUGGGGAUGGGGUUGGGGGUGGGGAUGGGGAUGGGGAUGGAGGGCGCGGGUGCCCUGUUGCAGGAGCAGGAGAGCAGCAGCGGCGGCAGCGGUCGUCGCCGGCGGCGGUCGUCGCGCUCGCGCCGCGGUGCCGCGCGUGCCGGCGGCGGCGGCAGCAGCGGUCACGACAUGAUUGGCGGCGGCGGCGGUGGAAGCGGGAGCAUCGGCGGCGGCGGCGGCAGCGGUCGUGCAUUUGGGCCGCUGGGCUACCACGCCCGAGAGUCCCCCUUCUACCACCAGCACCAGCAGCAUUAUUGGGAUCAACACCAGGAGUCGUUUGACUACACCGAUGAGGAGGGCGGCAGCAGUCGCCGCAGCAGUGGCGGCGGCGGUGGCGGUACUGGCUUGCCUUACGGCGGCGAUGGCGGCGGCGGCGCGGCGGCGGCGGCUGGGCGGGAUCACGGGGGAGGCGGCGGCGUGGGGGCGGCGCUGGCGGCGGCGGUGGAGAGCGUGCUUGGCGCCUUCAAGAGGUGCAGCAGCAACUGGGACGAGCGGCGGUAAACGCACACCUGUGUGCGAGCAGGUGGUUGCGGCUGGCUCAGGCUGCUGUUUGCUAGUUUCGGGGCUUGGAGGGCUCGCCUGCCGGAUGGUUUUUAUUGUUGCGCAUGCCGCCCGUGGUGUAAUGGUGGGGCAGCCACGUGAUUGGGUCUGUGUCUUUUUGAGCGCCCAGAGAGGGAUUCCGCACACCAUAUGGCAUACAUCACAUCGUUGACGGCGCCUGUCCAGUUGGGUUUCGUCAAGUCAGGUGAGGGUUGCAAGAUUACCUUGUUGUAGUUGUUGCGAGGGAUUCGUGUCAGGGCGGUUGCUUGCUCGUAUGUGUGUGUGCGUUGACUCGGCACCGAGUGUGAACAGAACUCGUGAUAGGCACUGCUGCAUGCCAGAUGCUGCGGCAACACACGUGAAACAGGUUACAUACCGUAUGCAUUUAUGCCCCGAAGGGCAACUAACAGAGCAGGCUAGAGCUUCCGGCAGGUCUGGUUUGAUGCAUGGACGCGACGGCACAGGGUGGCCGGUUUGGAGGUAACACACAAGUGCGCAACACGUAGCUAGCGGUAACUCGGCAGUUGUUGCGGUUGUGUGAAGCCCCACGCCUAUGCAGCAAUGAGGUUUGCUUGAAGACGCGUAAAACAUGCAACGGCAGUACCGUACGGUAUUCGUGCGUGUGGGUUGGCGCCUGGACUAGCCCCCAUUUAGGUGCGGAAGUUUUUAGGCCUGGACCUCGGUAAUAAUCUUUGUUGGGGUCGGUACGGUACUGCACUAG